AUGUAUAUAUACACUAGUUAUGAGAAAAAUCAACCUAAUUAGCCUUUACAUUACAUCGAUGAUAGUCUAGAGUCAAACUAAACUCAAUAUACUUAAUAAUUUGAAGUUGAAUCAAUAGAAAGUAAUUGAUAUUUUAAAAAUAUAAAAGAUGAUCAAAAACUAAAUGAUUCUUUGAAAAGAGCAGAUUAUAUAAGUAGUGUAUACGCAGCAUUAGUCAUUGAAAAUUUUAUCAUUCCUGCAGUAAUUCUCCUUGGUCUUUUCUCUGAAUUAUAAUUUUGGUUGAUUACCAAAUCUCCGAAUAUUAAAGACUUUUGUUAUUGUGAAACAAAAAAAGCAUUAGAAUGUGAGAAGGGUUGUCUUGUUUCUCAAAUAGAUAGUUAUGAUAUUAAACCAACCUAUUUAUUUUACUGUUUUUUUAUAAUCGGAGUAAUUCUAUAAAUUUGGUUGAAUUUAGGAAUAACUUAUAUUCGAAAAGUAAAUUUAUUAUAAUUAUUUUAUUAGCAAUUUUGGGUUUCACAAUUAGUGUUAUUAAUAGUAAUAUUUUCUUGUUAUGCAUUGACGAUCUCAACAAUAUGUAUAUUGAUUGCCUAUAAUUUUGGAAUUGGUUUGAUUUUAGUUGGAUGGGUAAAUGCAUUUGUGAUUAUUUUUUGUUUUGCAUUUUAUUCAAUGAAAACAAAAAGUGAAAUCAAUUAUGGAAGUAUAAUAAAUUCUUAACAUUUAAGUUGGAGCAACAUUUAUAUUAAUUCCAACUCUUUUAUUCUUAAUAACUUAUAUCAAAAUGUCGCCCAAUUAUGCUAUUUAUUUUAGUUUAAAUAGCAUAAUUUUAAUCACUUUUGGUUUCUUUUUGAUUUGGGAAUCAAAGAAAAUACUAAGUUAACAAAAAGUAAUUAAAAACAUUGAUAAUAUAGAUUAUUCGAUUAUCAAUUAUUGAAAUACUAAUUGGAUCAGAAUUACUAAUCGCUUGUAUAAACUAGGUUAUUUUUAGGGCAAUUGAAUUUUGUAAAAAUAGUAAGAAAAAAAAAUGA